AUGGAAGAUUGCUGGACAUCGUCAAGCCCUGAGUGCGUCUCGGCGUUCAAGAAAACAAGUUCGUAUCUGCGAAGUGCAGCGAAGUUUGCAAUAGAGAAUCAGUUGCCGCUCUGUUUGGCAUCGGCGUGGAGUUCCAAAGCCGGAAUUGUUGGUGCAUUCUAUUUCAAGUGA